AUGCCCAGUCCAACCAAGAAACGGAAGCUGAACAACGGCACCAGAUCAUCAACACCAGCCCGUGGUCUUGAGUAUUUCUUUUCAAAACAAAAGCAGAAUGACACAGACUCAAGUAAAAAGCUAAAGACGGAAGAAAACGCUGAAGACGAGGAAUUGGCUAGGAAGCUCCAGGCAGAAUGGGACCAGGAAGUUGCCAACACACCACAGAACACACUUCAAGCACAGACACUUGAACUUCCGAACAAAUACAAUGAAUCAGUAUCUCGAGAUGAAAGUCCAAGUCCUGCAGGCCCAAAGCCGAAGCCCCCGGUCACCCUCCCAACAGCUCUCAACAAGCCUGGCGCACUCAACCAUACAAAACCUACACUCAGUCUUCAGGCAGCAGGCAUGGCUGAAGAUACGACAACCACAUCAAUACCUCUCGAUGAGUCUCCUCUCACAUUCGAUCCAUCCGAAUAUCUGGACCAACUGAAGGGACACUGGCAAUCUGAAGGCGGCAAUGCCUCAUAUGCCCUUCUCACACGCUGCUUUGUUCUCAUUAACGGCACCACAAGCCGAAUUAAGAUUGUAGAUACCCUUGUAAACUGCUUAAGAGUCCUUAUUGAGGGAGAUCCAACAAGCUUACUACCAGCUGUAUGGCUGGCAACGAAUGCAAUCUCACCUCCUUAUAUCUCCAUGGAACUAGGACUGGGCGGCUCAGCGAUAUCGAAAGCAUUGCGGAACGUUUGUGGACUCGACAACCGAGCUUUGAAAGCCAUUUACGACAAAUAUGGAGAUGCGGGAGAUGUGGCUUUUGAAGCCAAGAAAAAGCAAAGCUUCACUCUCAGAAAACCAAAACCCCUCACGAUCAAGGGCGUCUACGAAACCUUGGUAAAGAUUGCCAACAGUCAAGGGCAGGGCAGUUCCGAAACGAAGCAAAGAUUGGUUGACCGAUUACUGCAAGACGCUCGUGGUGGUGAAGAGAGUCGAUUUGUCGUACGAACACUUUCUCAACAUUUGCGUAUUGGUGCUGUGAAGACAACGAUGCUGAUUGCCUUAUCACGGGCCUUCUUGCUAUCACGCCCACCGGAGGCCGACUUCCCUCUUAAAUCAGUAUCUGAUCUUGCAAAGCUCAAAAAAGAAGAUUUGGCUGAAAUUUGGGGUCGGGCUGAGGAGAUAGUCAAGGCCUGCUUUGCGAGGCGCCCGAACUACAAUGACCUUGUGCCUGUUCUCUUGGAAAUUGGCAUUUCUGAGGAACUGUUAAUACGAUGUGGUCUUACCAUGCAUAUACCGCUACGACCUAUGCUUGGAAGCAUCACCAGAGACUUGUCCGAGAUGCUCACAAAGCUACAGGGCAGAGACUUUGCUUGCGAGUUCAAAUAUGACGGACAGAGAGCGCAAAUACACUGCGAUGAGAGUGGAAAAGUCAGCAUCUUCUCUCGUCAUUUGGAAGUCAUGACAGACAAAUAUCCUGAUUUGGUGGAGCUGAUACCAAAGAUACGUGGAGAGGGCGUUGAUAGCUUCAUCAUGGAAGGUGAAGUUGUCGCAGUUGAUCGUGGAACUGGUGAGCUCAAAAACUUUCAGACGCUCACAAAUCGAGCGAGAAAAGAUGUCGAUAUCGGAAGUAUCACUGUGGACGUUUGUAUGUUUGCGUUCGACUUGAUGUAUUUGAACGGACAACCAUUGCUAGAUCGACCCUUUCGAGAAAGACGAGAGCUUCUGCGAUCACUCUUCACAGAAAUGCCGCAUCGCUUUACCUGGGUACAGAGUCUUGAUGCUACAUCUGCGGACUCAGAAUCUGUUCUGGAGUUUUUCAAGGCAGCCACGGAUAUCAAAUGCGAGGGUAUAAUGGUAAAGAUCUUGGAUAAUUUGCCCACAGUGCCAUACACAGUAGAGGCAGAUGACGAUGGGCCAGAUAGGACCGACAAAUUGCUAACACCAAAGUCCAAAUCCAAAGGGAAAGGAAAAACGAAAGGAAAGAAAGACGAAAACGGGGAGACCAAAACGAAAACAAGACGCAAACCAUUACUCGCCACCUACGAGCCAGACAAACGUCUUGAUUCCUGGCUCAAAGUCAAAAAAGACUAUAACUCGAGUUUUGAUACUCUCGACCUUAUUCCUGUCGCCGGUUGGCAUGGGCAAGGACGCAAGGCGAAAUGGUGGUCACCAAUUCUCAUGGCGUGCCGUAACGAAGAGACUGGAUCCCUUGAGGCAGUAUGCAAAUGCAUGUCUGGGUUCACAGAUGCAUUCUACAAGGCCAAUCGGCAAUUUUACGACGAUGGCGAAGAGAGCGGCGAGCCCAAGAACACCAGAACUAAACAGCCCUCCUUCGUCGAAUAUUCAGGUCCAAGACCAGAUAUCUGGUUUGAGCCACAAGAAGUGUGGGAAAUGGCAUUUGCAGAUAUCACAUUGAGUCCGACUUAUCCAGCAGCGAUUGGUCUCGUGAGUGAUGAGAGAGGACUAAGUUUGAGAUUUCCAAGAUUUAUGAAGAAACGAGAGGACAAGAGUCUUGAGGAGGCGAGCACGAACGACUUCUUGGCCGGUCUUUGGCGAAAACAAGAAGCCAAAGCGGACACCAAUAUAGAGACCAAGGGUGAUACAGGGGCAGAAGCAGAAGAGGCGGAAGAAGCCGAUGAUUGA